AAUCCCCAUGCGGAUCUGCAAGCGCAGGAUCGUGCGCAUCGUAUCGGCCAGACCAAGGCCAUGCGCAUCCUGCGCCUGAUCACCAAGAAGAGCAUGAAGGAGGCCAUGUACGCGUGCGCACGCUACAAGCCUGACAUCAACAACAAGGUCAUCCAAGACGGUCGACGCAGGAAGAGCAGGAGGAUUUUCUGGUUCAUCGUCGUAGCUCUGUCUGCUCGUAGACACACAAAACUCAUCUUGAUCUUGGAAGCCAACCAGGAAGAAGAGAACGAGGAGGUGGGAGACAUGAAUGACAACAAGAUCAGCAGCAUCAUCGCGCGCACAGACGAGGAGGAGAAGUUCUUCUCUGAUCUUGACAUCCAGCGGGAGCACAAGCUGCCAGUGGCGAUGGCAUGGAAGGCUGCGGGCAACCGGGGCGAGCCGCCUCAGCUUAGGCUGGGGUUUGGGUGCGUGGUUAUUAGGCUGGCAUCAUACUAA